AGAGCCCCGGAGCCCUGUGAGCCCGGGCGAGGCCCCGAGCGGCGCCGGCACAGAACUCAGCCCCGGGGUGGAGCUGGCGUGGGAGAGGAAGAGGGAGAGGGAGAGGAGAGCCGGGGCUGGCAGGGGCAGCGAGGAGCAGGCGGCGGAGCGGCGGGAUGCGGCGGUGCCGGGGAGCAGGGCUGGCCGGACUGGCCGCGGUGCUCCUGGUGACUGCGGGCAGAGCCCAGGUGCAGCAGGAGCCCUUGGCAGAGACCACCGAGGGCACCGAAAUCAGCAUCAGCUGCUCACAUCCCAAUAUACAGCCCUACGAGUCCAUAAUCUGGUACCGUCAGCUCCUGGGCCGAGCCCCCACAUUCAUCACGUUCGUUCAAAAAGGAAUCAAAGGACUGUCGGACCCGCCGGGGCGGCUGUCGGUGGCGGCAGACCGCCGGUCCAGCGCCCUGUGGCUCGAACGGCCCCGGCGCGGGGACGCGGCGGUGUAUUACUGCGCCGUGGGAGACACGGGGAGAGGAGCCGGGGCUGCGGCCGGACACGAACCGGCGUGGGAGGAGAGGGCGGGGACAGUCUAUGAUGAGUCCGCCAGGGGCGCUGCCGCUCUGCCCGUCGGGGCCGCCCAGCCCCGCCCGACCCCGGGGCUGUUCCCCUGCCCGACCGGCACCGGCUUCAGCAUUAACAUGGGCAUCAGAAUCUCCGGGUGCUCCUUGCAGUCGCUGUCUGGGCUCAGCACCUCUUCUCAUCGACGGCUGCUGAGCGUCUGUGCUCCUGAAGGCAGCAAAUAGCCGCGCUUGAGCAGCGCUACAUGUGGAGUCUGAGAUCGUCUGUGCAAGACGGGGAGGGGAGUAGGGUUUCCCACGAGGUUCUCCUGCUUUCCCAGAAACGGCUCAGAGCGUUCUGAGAAACGUGGCAUCCUCUGGCCUGUCUGUAAAGACCUGCACCAUUGUCUCAGAAAUGCAUCGCAGAGGUCAUCGAUUCCCAUCCAGCCCAUGGAAGCCUGGUCCUCCUCUUGCCUCUGUCCUCUUGUUGUCUCUGUCCUCCUGUUGCCUCUGUCCUCCUGCUGUGCCAAGGAUGCUGAGCUCUAUUUUUCAUUUUAGGAAGGCAAAGUGACAGCUGUAGGUCCUUCACAUGAGGACACAGCACCGGGCAGUGAUGCAAAUGGUGAUGCAAAUAAAUUGACAGCAAAUGCUCCAAAGAGAUGCUCAGCUUAGUGGGUGUCUCAUCAAAGCUUAUCUCCCUUGUGAAAACACACCAACAGAUCCCACCCAGUUGUUUUUUUUUUUUUCCGUUCCCAAGGGCACACACAAAGAUUUCAACCCUAUAUUUUUAAUAAAACUCAUAGGAUCCUUGGGCAUUCAAAUGAUGCAAUUAGGAAUGUUGCAAUGAAGAAACCAAUGCCCCCAGGAGUUUCCAGAGUUGCAAUGAGAGUCAGCCCUUACAUGGCAAAGGUCCAUUCCAACAAACCAGAAAGGUUUGUCAGAGCUCUGCCAUGUUCUCUUUACUGUGGUCUGCCACCUGCUCCUCAGCUCUGGCAGGGCCAGACUUUCAUCUGCACUCAAGUGGUUACCCUGCCUUGCAGCCAUGGUUGCUUUUAUUCUUCUGCCACCAACAGACCACAGCACACUUCUGCUUCCUCUCCCUAGCCUGGGUAGUUGAUUCCUCUGGACAUGACAAAUCUGUUCCAAACAGAGCAGUACGUUGCCCUGAAUAAAACAAAAACAUAGUUAAGCAGGCUUACCUCCCUAAGUGGUACAUGGUUUUGCUUGUCUUUGCUUUCUUCACAGGUCUCCUAACAAUGGUGGGAAUGGCCUCAUCCUUGUCACAGUGGGGAGUGAGCAGCCCCUGAGGAUCUGGAUCUAGUUCUUCCUUGGCAGACUUUCCUUCCUGGAGAUCUCCUGCACCACCACCCUUGUCCCCCUAAUGCUGGAGACUUUUUGUGGCACCAGGACUAUAAUUUCUGUUUGCUGCUUCAAUUUUUCCACAUCUUCAUGAGCAUGACUGAGUUUAUGAUCCUCUUAGCCAUGUUCUUUGAUCACUAUA